AUGCGGGGUUUGAAGCAAGUGGGCCCAGAGCAAACGGGCAGUUUACAUGUCGGGUCAAUGCAAGGGGUUUGGAUGCAAUAUGAGGAAUUUGUAAAAGAUGGGGUGUCAUUGGAAGUGACGAGGUAUGCAGUUGCAGCUAAGAUAAAGGUUAGGAAGUCUGUUGAAGAUGAGGUCCUGGGAUCUCAAGCAAAUAAAGAAGAGAGUAGUAAUGGGAAUAGAGUAGAGGGUAGUAAGGAGAAUGAGGGGUUGUUGAGAGAAAAAGAGUCAGGGUCUUUAGGAAGUAGCCAUAAUCUAGGAACUGAUAUACUUAGUCAGAGUCAAGUCCCAUUGGUAAGAACUAGGGUCAUUGACUGUAGAGAACCAGUUGUAGAAAAGUUUGAUGAACAGAGUGGUGAUAAAACUGAUUUGAUGCUUUUAGACAAUCUGAUAGCUGUUCCUGUGCAAGUAGCUACUGAAAGAAUUAUAAAAGAUCUUGACCCUAAGUCUGAGUCAUCUCAAGGGGGUAGAAAACAUAAAAUAGCUAUUAGAAAGGCCGAGAAAACUCAAGAGAUGGGUUUUGCUAUAGGGUAG